AUGCGGCGAGAAGACCGUGGGGGUGACGGGAGGGAAGGCGCGACCGAACGCCCACACCGACCCGCCCGUCUGGCCCUCGGCGCCGAGGCCACCGUCGGCAACUCCCCGACGCCUGCAAACAAGAUCCAUCCCCUUACGUCAACCCGAGUCCUCUCUCUCUCCCACCGUCCCCAGCCCUCCUCCGUCCCCUCCAUCACUCCUCGCGGCCCACCGCCACCCCCCAUCAAACCCCCCAGGGCCCCUCCUCCCUCCGUUCCCUCCCGUCACGCACCCCCAGCCUUCCCCUCGACCCUUCCCACGCACCCACGCACCCACGCACCCACGCACCCACCCUGCCCAGCCCAGCCCCCAUUUUACUCCCGCCCCCUCCCAAAUCCGGCAUCCCCGUUUCCAUUGGUCCCGCUCGAUCGUCCAACCACGCUUUCCGGGGUGGAGACCGUCCACGCGAACGGGGCCGUGUCCCGGGCUCCCCCUUUUGCAAUUCACCGGUCAAUUCAUCUCCCUCCCCCCUCCGAGCCUGCUCUUCUUUUUUUUCCGCCGUCCCAAAACGGGCCGCGCCAUGCCCUCUUUCCGACGCCUGCCCAGAUCGCGAUCUGCACCCAGCCCGAGCCUGCCUUGGCUGCCGCCAGACCUGCCAGGACCUGCCCCCAGCCCCUCCCUUCCAACCCCCCGCUCUCGCUCGCACCGCUCCCAACCGCUUCGAUCCCACGUUCUAGCCAUCUAGCCACAGCCACCCGUCCCUCGCGAACCACCCCCCCCCCUUCCCCCUCCCAUCCUUCCUUUCGUCCUCUCCUCCCCGAUCGCCUUCUCCCAGCCCAAGCACGCCGUCCUCCACCCACAAGCCCAAACACGAACAUCGCCCUUUUCGGUCGUCCUGACACAUCUCCCGCCUCCAGCCUUUCUCCGAUCACCGGCCCCUCCCCUCCCUCCUCCCGCAUACCCACUUAUCAUGUGCAUCUUCACUGA